AUGCCCUCCCGCCGCCGCUCCUCUUCGACGUCAAGUGCGUCCUCCUACUCCCCCUCCCGCUCAUCCUCCGCCGGCCCUCACCCCCGAAACGUCCCCCGAAAUUACAUCCGCAACCACGCGCCUCGCCCCAAAAAGCCCAGCUUCAAGACGACGGCAGUCUUCAUCGCCGCCAUCGCCGUGGCCACGAUCUGCGUCCACCGCGUCUGGACCAAGCGCCGCUCCGACAAGGACAACCACCACCGCUCCUGGGAGAACACGCCCGGCCGGCGCUCCGUCCGCCGCAACGUCGUCAGGGACAGGCACAACGGGUACAUCAUCGACGAGCACGAGGAGUGGACCCGCCGGAGGAGGCUGCCGGAGAGGGAGUACCGCGACCGCGACCGCCGGUCGAGGUUCUACGAUGACGAGAGCGACGGGUAUUACUCGGAUCACUACCACCCGCCGCCUCCGCCGAGCAACAGGACUCAGCAGCGGCUGCCGAGGUCGCUGCCGAGGUCGAGGGCAGAUGGGCGGAGCGGGCGGUCGUUGGUCGAGGAGAAUUUCGUUCCCGUGUUUGAAGGGCCGAGGGACGAGGUUGUGAGGUAUGAGAAGGCUCCGACUGUACGUUCGGCGACCGGUGCCGCCGCCGCCGCCGCCGCCGGGGACAGUACGCAGCAGGUGAUCGAGGAGGAUACUACGUCGAGGAGGCGGGUUGAGGAUGCUGUCGAGGACUGGCACCGGAGGGGUUCGAGACGGUUUCCUUCGCCGGAGAGGAGGGAGACUGUUUUUGAUGACCGGAGGUCGAGGAGGGCGUCCGCAUACAAUUAG